UAAGAGAGCUUUAAAGCUUCCAUUUCCACUUCCAAUGAAUGGUAUUAGAUGUCUUCAGCUUUUUCCUCUCUUAUGGUUGCAACGUUAUUCUGCUAAUCACUCGUCGUCUUUUUCACCAACUCAGUCUUUAUUAACUUGUGAAGCUAUCAAUAAACCAUCAAUACAAUCUAAAUCAGUGUCAUCAUUGGGAUCCCCAUCAAUAUCUUCAGGUAAUCUAAACAUGGAGAACAUUCCAGAGGUUGACAUUGAUGGUAGAGGUAAAUUUAAGUACAUUCAAAUCAAAGUCAAAGAUGACUCUGGUAAUGAAAAAUUGAUAAUACGUGGUCAUCGAGAUGCCGGCUAUCAUGCUGAUAUCUUGGAACGAGUCCAAUCUCACUAUCCUAACCUUAGGUGUGAUUGUCCUGGCGGUGGAAGAAUUCUUCAUGAGCCUGAUAAAAAGAAAAUAUUGGUCUAUGGUUAUUCAAUGGGUUUUGGUAGAGGAGAUCACGAAGUAACCGUUGCUAUAUUGAAGAAACAUUAUCCUGAUUAUAAUAUUGAAUGGAAUAACGAAGGCUACUGAAUUAGUAUAACCAAUGUUCACUAUCACAAGACAAGAAUUUGAGAAAGAUUUAGAGCAGUUUUUGGAAAUUUCAAGGGGAACAUCUGAGCCAUGGGAAGGAGUAGAGGCAAAUAACCCUUCUGGUUACGUUUAUGCUGCAUAUUCAAUGACAAAGGUUUUAAAGAAUGAUUCCAAUAUCGAUGAAAAAUGCGCUUCAACAGAAAAAGAUGAUGAUCAACAAGCCGUUUGUACAAAUGAUAGCGUGAUUGUAAAAUUUAAUUAUCAUAUUAUAUAUGAUGAAAGCUUUUCCGUUCCUAUUCUAUAUUUUCAAGCUUUUCACUCAAACGGAUCUCUUUUGAAAAUAGAAGAAAUUUGGAAAAUGAUACCUAAAGAUUACCUCGGGAAUUAUUCGCCAGAAUUAGAAGAACGCUUUGAAAUGCUCAGCUCAAUUGUUUCUCCAACUGAACAUCCGUACCUUGGUGCGCCCUAUUAUAAAUUCCAUCCUUGUCAAACAUCUUCUCUUCUGUACAAUGCAUUUAAAAGUUCAGAAGAAUCGCCAGGAAAAAAGUUCAAUUCUAUAAUAUGUUGGUUAUCAACUAUAGCACCUUUAGUUGGCUUAACUCUUGACCCUUUUUAUGCUAUAGC